AUGUCGGAUCUCUCAAACAUGGCAUAUCAGGCCGAGCGAGACCUCAACAGCCAUCAGAAAAAGACAGGAUCUGAAAAACAAAGCGACUCAACUCUCGAGUCUGGCGUAAACGAAAAUGUUCAGAGAGACUUCCCAGGCGCCGAUGUGCAAUACGGUGAAAGGGCAAAUUACGGAGGAAGCGAAACUAGGAAGAUUCCUCCCGAACAGGGUGGAGAUUUUGAUGCCCGCGGAAGGAUGACUGAGAGUCGUCAGUUUGAGGGUACUGGUGGUCCAGAAGACAAAUUGAAAAUAGUUCAGGAGCGGCGCCCGGGUGAUGACGGUGUUCCUGUGCAAAGCACCAACUUUUGA